GGCUCCAUCAUAAAUGUGAAACUUCCCUCUUCUUCUUCUCCACUGGAAUCACCAAACCCAAACAGGGCCCACCGUGGCGCUUUACUCUCACGGCGGAGCGCCUCACCGGUGGCAGACGGUGUCGUGAUUCCCAAGAGAAGCAGCGAUGGGGCAGAGCAUGAGCUGCGGAGCUAGACCAGAGCACGAGAUAUUCGCCUCCGUGCAGCGCGGCGACAUCGUCACCGUGCGUCGAGCUAUAACGGCGGAUCCGAGUGUCUUGCGACAGACCACUGCUUACGAUCGUCACUCCCUUCUCCACGUCGCUGCUGCUAGCGGCCACAUCGAGGUUUUGUCAUUCCUUCUGGAACGAUCUUCAAAUCCAGAUAUGUUGAAUCGCCACAAGCAGACUCCGUUAAUGUUGGCUGCAAUGCAUGGGAGGAUCUCUUGCAUCAAGAAGCUUGCUCAAGUUGGAGCUAAUGUUUUGAUGUUUGAUAGUGUGAAUAGAAGAACAUGCUUGCACUACGCAGCUUACUAUGGACAUGCUGAUUGUGUUCAAGCCAUUCUUUCUGCUGCUCGCUCAACUCCCGUUGCUCUUCAUUGGGGAUAUGCGAGAUUUGUGAAUCUGAGAGAUGACAAAGGAGCAACACCGUUGCAUCUAGCUGCACGUCAGAGAAGUCCUGAUUGUGUGAAUGCCUUGUUGGACAGUGGCUCUCUUGUUUGUGCUUCUACUAGCCUAUACUGGUCUCCAGGAAGCACAGCUCUUCAUUUAGCAGCAAGAAGCGGAUCUAUCGACUGCGUCAGAAAAUUACUAGCUUGGGGUGCUGAUCGUCUCCAGAGAGACGGUUCUGGGAAGAUACCUUAUGUGGUUGCCAUGAAAUACAAGCACGGAGCAUGUGGAGCGUUGCUUAACCCUUCUUCUGCAGAGCCUCUUGUCUGGCCAUCGCCGUUAAAGUUCAUCAGCGAGCUUAACGAGGAGGCGAAACUGCUCUUAGAGCAGGCUCUGAUGGAUGCUAACAUGGAAAGAGAAAAAGCCAUCCUUAAUGGAACUGAUUACUCCUUACCAUCACCACCACCAUCUUUCUCCGACACUGCCUCAGAUGAUGAUAACAUGUCUGAGAUGAGUGAUUCAGAACUGUGCUGCAUUUGCUUUGAGCAAGUGUGCACGAUAGAAGUCAAAGACUGUGGUCACCAAAUGUGUGCACAAUGCACACUUGCACUUUGCUGUCACAACAAACCGAACCCAACGACCUCAACUGUGACUCCACCGGUCUGCCCGUUCUGUAGAAGUGUCAUCGCACGGUUAGUAGUCGCUCAGAAGAACAACAAGGACGAUAGGAGCAAUAGCCAAGAUGAAGUUGGUGAUGUAAGCUCCUCAAAACUAAGGAAGCAUAGAAAAUCGAUAAACCUUGGAGAAGAAGGCAGCAGCUUCAUGGGACUAUCAAGCAUUGGAUCGUUCGGAAAGGUUACCGGCCGUGGCUCUGGAAGGAUCACAGCCGACAAUGAGCUGAUGAAUAAACCGAUCUCCUGAGGAUUGAUUUCACUUUAAAGACGAGACAUUUUGGGUGAAAUUGUGAGAAUGUAUAGAUGAAUUUAUGUAAUAUGAUCUUUUGUGGUGGUGGAGGAGAGGGAGGUUAAAAUAAGGAAAGAAGAAGUGAGUUUGUGUAAUGCAGUCAAUGAUUUGUUGUUUCUCUGAUAAGUUUUGCAGAAACAUUUGGUUUGAUGUUAUUACUGUAUUUGUUUACUUGAUAAUGAAGCUGAAGCUCAUAAUCUUCUU